AUGGCUGGCUAUGGUGGUGAAGUUUUCAGCUAUCGAAGUUUUAAUUGGUUUUGGGUACCAGUGCUUGGACCGUUUAUUGGAGCCGCCUUUGGCGGCCUACUUUAUCAGCUGACCAUCGGCUUCCAUAAUCCUUCUGACACUGACGAUAUACACAUUCGAAAAUACGAAAUUGUUGCUACCGAAGAAAGGAAACCACUAACUACAGGGGAGAAAUUGGCAGCAGUUGUUGCUGUGGAGCAGGAGGGCUAA